AUGGACAGCCUCACCAACAUCCUCAAGGCGAUCUUUCCAUGCCUCCCAAUCGGCAUCGUCGAGGGCGGCAUCCAACUUCCCGCGGGAACAGCCAGAUACCAGGACCUUUCCGAAAAGGCCGCUCUUCAAUUUUCCCCACGUGGCGGUCAAAAGUCGAGACUAUGCAACGACGAGGCUGCCUCGUCCAUCGUGUCGGCCAUGUUGGACGCCGACAAAGGUGGUCCCACUCUAGAUGCCACCAUUCAGUCCCUCGUUCACGAGGCUGGCGGAUGGUCCGACACUCUUGCUAAGAAGAUCAUGACGGCGUUGAAAGCAGUCAUCGUGGCCGGAAAGCCGAUGAAGGCGGCAAUGCAAGAGGCGGUUGAUAAGGCUAGCGAAGCUGUCAAGACGGUGGAAGGAUUUGCGGCCGACCACCCUAUGGCAACGGAGGUCUUCUGUACGGUCAUUGCUCUGGGCGUCUUGGUAGUGUUGGUGCCUUACGUGGUGGAGUGGUUAGGGUUCUGUGCAGGGUUUGGUGAAUUGGGACCGAUUGAGGGUUCUUGGGCAGCUGUGUGGCAGUCUACUUACAGGGGCGUGGUACCCAAAAAGUCAUUGUUUUCCUACUUCCAGAGGCUGGGCAUGACGUGGAAGCGUGUCUGA